CAAUAGUUUUUCUGGUACUUUUCUUAGCUAUGGUUGUAAUUUUCAUAUCAUCAGAAGUUACAGCUAGAGAUCUCGCCCAGACUUCUAAUACAAUUGACACGUCUGAGAAGACAAAUGGAGCUGCAGUGAACGAUGCCAAAUAUCCCGGAGGAGGCGGUAAUUAUGGUGGUGGAUACCCUGGAGGCGGCGGUAACUACGGUGGUGGGUACCCGGGAGGAGGUGGUAACUAUGGUGGUGGAUAUCCUGGAGGAGGCGGCAACUAUGGUGGUGGCGGACGUGGUGGUAAUUAUGGCGGUGGUAAUUAUGGAGGAGGUCGUGGUGGUUAUGGGGGCGGCCGUGGUGGUUAUGGGGGCGGUGGUCGUGGUAACUACUGCCGCUAUGGUUGUUGUGGCCGGAACUACUACAGAGGUGGUUGCCAGUGUUGUACCUUCGCCGGUCAGAAGGUGGAUGCUCAGCCUCAAGCCAAGCCUCAAAACUGACAAAUUUAAUUCUGUCAGCAGAAAGAUUAUUAUGUUGGCAUAUUAUAUAUACAUAUAUAUGUAUUUGGUUUUUAAAUUACAGUACUACUAUGUGGGGCAGUGUGAGAUAAAAAAAAUCAUAUAAUGAAUAAAAAUGCAAGCAUGCAUACCCCGGAGCAUGCAUAUAUAUAAAAGUGUGAGUGCGAGCGAGCGUGUAAUUUAACUUUUACCUUUUCUUCAAAUUGAACUCUCAUCAAUAUAAUGUACGUAUGUAUACAUAACAUACUAGUGUUGUUGAAUAGAGAGGUUGUGAUUUGCUUUUAACGAGCAAUUUUUUACAUCAUUUCUGUUUAUUAUAAUAAAUGUUUUCCUG